AUGCUCGGUGUGAUUACAUCGAUUGGUGGUUUCCUGUUCGGUUACGAUACUGGUCAAAUCUCCGGUAUUCUGCUGUUCCGCGACUUCAUUGACCGCUUCGGACAAGAUCAGGGCAAUGGUCAGGUUGCUUUUGAUCCAACUAUCUCGUCUCUGCUCGUCUCGCUCAUGUCUAUUGGUACCCUUUUCGGCGCACUUGCUGGUGCAUACACUGCCGACUUUUUUGGACGUCGCAAGAACCUUACUGUUGGUGUGAUCAUCUUCAUUGUCGGAAACACUAUCCAAGUCACGGCCAUGGAAAGUUGGGUCCACAUGACUAUCGGUCGUAUUGUUGCUGGUCUUGGUGUCGGUAUUCUGUCUAUUGGUGUCCCCAUGUACCAAUCCGAAGUCUGCCCCCGUGAAAUCCGUGGCCCAGUCGUCGCAUCAUACCAACUCAUGAUUACUGUUGGCAUUCUGAUCUCCAACAUUAUCAACUACGGUGUCCGUGACAACCCAGGUCAGGAUAACUCUGCCUCCUGGAGAAUCGUCAUUGGUCUUGGUAUCGCCUUCUCCGUUCCUCUUGGUUUCGGUGUUCUAUUCACCCCUGAGUCGCCUAGGUGGCUGGCUGGCAAGGGUCGAUGGGAAGAUGCGCGUAUCGCCAUGGCUCGUCUCCGUGGUCUCAAGCACGACCCCAACAACCAGUUGGUCAAUGAAGACUUCAAAGAAAUGGAGGACUCCAUCAACGAGCAAAAGAGCGCCGGUCAGGGUUCUUGGAAGGAAUGCUUCGCCCGCUCAUCUUCUGGUAUUCCCCGUGUUGUAUACAGGACGUUCCUUGGCUGUGCCCUUCAGUUUGCGCAACAGUGGACUGGUGUCAACUACUUUUUCUACUAUGGAGCAACCAUCUUCCAGUCCGCCGGUGUUCAAGAUCCCAUUCAGGUUCAGCUCAUUCUUGGCGCUGUCAAUGUAGCAAUGACUUUCCCUGGUCUCUACCUCAUCGAGCGACUUGGUCGCCGAAUUCCACUGGUUCUUGGAGGUCUCUGGCAAGCAACUUGGCUCCUCAUCUUCGCCGUCAUCGGUGUCGUCUUACCCCCAACUGAGAACGAGGUUUCUGGAAUUGUUAUGAUUGUCGCUGCAUGCAUGUUCAUUGCAAGUUUCGCUGCCACAUGGGGACCCUUCAUUUGGGUCGUAAUUGGUGAGACGUUCCCUCUGCGAACACGUGCCAAGCAAGCUUCGUUGGCUACGGCAUUCAACUGGCUUGGUAACUUCUUGAUCGGUUUCCUCACCCCUUAUGCCGAUGAUGGUAUCGGAUACGCUUUUGGUUUCGUCUUCUUCGGCUGCAACUUUGUCGCAGCCGCCAUUGUCUACUUCUUCCUUUUCGAGACCAAGGGUCUGUCUCUCGAGAACGUCGACAUUAUGUACUCGGAUAACAACCUCUCCGCUAGGACCAGUAAGAAGUGGGUACCUGCAGGAUACAUUACGCGUAACGAACGCGACGACGCUUACUGGCAACGCCGCCACAGCGCUGUCGCUGCCAAUGGCGGUGCGCCUGGCAGCGUUGCUGAGAAGUACAACGACAAGGACGACAGCUCACCCGAAAGGGGAAUGUCGUUGCACCAAGAGCGCGUUAACUAG